AAGAUUUUUUAAACCAUUUAACAAAUGUUGAUAUAUGCCAUAUCGUGAAGCCAUCCAACGAGUUCAUACUGCAUUCUGAGUGGACAGGUCGUUCUGGUGGUUGUGACUAUACAUCACAGUCGUUCCUAAGCAAUCGACAGUUUAUUAUUGAAAUACAAAAAGACGAAGAUGAACUCCACGUGUCCUUAGAGCAGCAUGAUAUACAACCUAUUAAAUCGCAUACAGGUCGAACGCUUAAUACAAUUGGAUAUUCAAUUAUGAAGGUUGCAGAAAACAGAUUGUACAGAUUACACGUACCGGGUAAAAUAAUUGAAAAACCCGCCAUGAUCAAAACUCGGAGCGUAUUUGGAAAACAAGUGCUGUCCAGAGGCAGAUAUGUACUCAUUCCAUGUACAAAAGACCAGACAGAACAUGGUCCAUUUCUUUUGCGACUAUAUACCCACGGUAAAGCUAGUGUUAGGGAACUUACUGAAGAGGGGCCUUCGACAAUUUGGCCUUGUUUAAGUUUGCCAUCCAUGGUUACGACAUUAGUCGUGAUGAGUGUAGAAAAGAUUGAAAAACCACAAGGAUCAAAGGACGAAAAUUUUACUCCAAAAAUUGUGAUACAAUGUGAAGGGGAGAAGGUUGUAUCCAGAAUUCCAUUAGAGCUAAACGAGAAAAAUGAAUGGGAAACUAAAUCCGACUUUGAACAAAUUAAAGUCACCUUUUAUCGUAAAAAGCCGCAUCAUCCUAUUAUUAUAGAGGUAUUCAAUAGCAAUAAGAUAAUAGAUGAUUUUUGUUGUCAAGCAAGAGUUACCGAUAAUGGUGGCGAAGAGGGGAAAUCAGUCAAAUGCGACGUGUAUGGUAGAAAGAAAGAGAAAUACACUCAGAAACCGGGAUCCAUUCAUGUUUUUGUCCAAUCAAGUCACGAUCUUCAAUUUUUGUAAACUUUGUAUUCAUAUCGGCAUCAAAAAGAUUGUCACUGCUGAGAUAUUUUAAGUUGUACGCAAUGUUUUCGGUUAGACCAUUACGAUAAAUCACACGUUGAUUGUAUUUUUCAUGUGUAAUUUUCCCGCCAAAAUAUUUAGUUUAUCAGAAAUAUUGCACUCGACAGUGUCCUGUGUAUCAUUUAAAAAAAGAUUUUUCACCUGCAAAAUUCGAUCACUCUCGAAUGUUUAGAUACAAAUGUUACUAUCAUGUGUGGUACACACUUGAACAAAAUAUAUAAGAAUUUCCCCAAAACACACAAACCUUAGAAAUGAGUAUGUAGUACUUGUCAUCAAGACCAGUUAAUAGUAGUAAAAUACUUAUCUGUUCAUGCAAACUCUAAGUAAGUCGAAUAAUUUUGAAAAUCACCAUAUUUAUACUGAUAAUUGAAAAUGGAAAUAUUUGAAAGAGAUAGAAAACCCUAUUAAAUACUGUUGGUUUGAACAGGUUUUGUGAGACAUCAAUUCUCUCCCAAUACACCAAACCAAUUUGUAAUAAAUAAACAAACAGCAAUGCGUCAUUCAAAAGUCAUGUAAUAUGAUAAUUUCAAUUAAUUCUUAAUCAAUUUUUAGUAAUAUUUUUACCAUUCCAAUUAUUUUUUUAUAUAAAUUCUUAGAAAUAUUUAUAGUUGUCUACUCUUCUUUAUUUUUGUAAU